AUGUCUUCAUUGAGCAGGAUAGUUAAUUUGAAGAAGAGCAGCAAGCUUGCUAAGGGUGCCCUGAGAGUUGGGAGCAGAGGGCUGCACAUGAGGCCCAUGGCGCGGCUGGGCAGCUCUACGCUGCUGUUGCGGGAGCUGAACUUGGCGCUGGUUAGUGGCGGGCUCAUGUACUUGACGUACUCAUAUUUCUCAGAGAAGCGGAACCCGCUGGAAGUAUUCAAGGCGUUCAAGGAGUACUCCACGAUACACAACGAUGGCGGGAAGCUGAUAAGCUCCAGUGGUGGUUCUCAGAACAGCAACGCAGAUUUCAAGAUCUUGUCCCAGGAGGAAGUGGAUAGACGGUUGCGGGCCAGGGAGCAAAGUUUCUUUGUGAAGAGGAACAAAGGGCUUGUUCGGUACGAUGUCGCGCAAUUGCCUUCCAACAACCCCAUUGAGGACAAUCACGUAGAGAAGUUAAUUACUUUCCCUAGCCCUGAUGGCAGCAAGCCCCUGAAGGACCGCGAAGAUGAAGCGUUCGACAACGAUCUGUACUUUUUUGGGAUAUUCGACGGCCACAGCGGUGCGUUCACCUCAGCCAAGCUUUCUACAGACCUGGUGCCAUACGUGGCUCACCAGAUCGCCGACGUAUACCAGCAGCACAAUAAAGCACUAACGUCAGACUAUACACAUAACAUGAAUUUUGAUGUAGCCCUUGAAAAGGGGUUUGUACAACUAGACAAUGAUAUAGUGUACCACUCCCUGGGAAAACUACUGAAAGAACCUACUAAUGACAACAUGCUGGCUGCAUUGCCAGCCAUCUCUGGUUCAUGUGCGUUACUAGCAGUCUAUAACUCCUACGAAUCCACGGUGAAAGUGGCAGUGACAGGUGAUUCUCGUGCCCUAAUCGGUGGACUGGAUUCUAACGGCGAAUGGUAUGUUAAGUCAUUAUCUACUGACCAGACUGGUGACAACUUAGAGGAAGUGCAACGGAUAAGAAGCGAACACCCAGGUGAGGACAAUGUGGUACGCAACGGCAGAGUCCUCGGGUCCUUACAACCCUCCAGGGCCUUUGGGGAUUACAGAUAUAAAGUAAAAGAGAUAGAUGGGAAGAAACUAUCGGACUUACCUGAUCACUUGAAGCUGUACUUCAGAAAAGAACCUAGAGAUUUUAAGACGCCUCCUUAUGUGACAGCAAAACCUGUUGUCACCACUGCAAAGGUCAACGACAACACAAAAUUCAUGGUUCUGGCUUCAGAUGGGCUGUUCGAACUUUUGAGUAACACAGAGAUAGCUGCACUUGUGGUGAAGUGGAUGGAGAAACAUUCUGAUGACACUAAAGUGAAGAGCCUGUCAUUUAAGAAACAGCUACCUAAAGUCAAGGAUCUAAGCACGGACAGCGAAUCUCAGAGACCCGCGUUCAGAUACCGUAAGGAUCAAUCCUUGGAAAACAUGUCAUACUUCUUAGAGGACGCAAAUGUAGCUACUCAUCUGAUCAGAAACGCACUAAGCGCAGGUGGACAAAACGAGUACGUUUCAACACUUGUGAGCAUCCCAGCUCCUAUGAGCAGAAAGUAUAGGGAUGACCUUACUGUGACCGUGGCAUUCUUUGGCGAAAACAAUAGCAGCGUGGUUCCCGAUACCCAGACAAUACUUCCCAACCUUGAUGCCACCACCCCUGUGCAAUCAAAGUUGUAA